AUGAAUAAUAAUAAUAAUGAUGAUGAUGAUAAUCUUCAACCAGCACAAAUUCGUCCAUUAGCUGGAACUACACGUCUUCGUUUAUGUGCUGGUCAAGUUUGUGUUAGUGUUGCUUCAUGUGUAAAAGAAUUAAUUGAAAAUAGUCUUGAUGCACAUAGUACACGUUUACAAUUAACAUUUAUUGCACAUGGUGCUGAUCUAAUUGAACUUAUUGAUAAUGGUGAUGGUAUUGCUGAACAUGACUUUGAAAAAAUAGGACUUCGAUAUCAUACAUCAAAAUUAAGUCAAUAUGAAGAUCUUGAACAUGUUAAUACAUAUGGUUUUCGUGGUGAAGCUUUAUCAUCAAUUUGUAUUUAUGCUGAUGUUACAAUUAUUACACGUCAUGCAUCAGCAUCUAUAGGAACAAAAUUAGUAUUUGAUGGUGAAGGUCAAGUUAUUUCACGUACACCUUUUCCUCGAGAAAUUGGUACAACAGUAUCAGUUCGUUCAUUAUUUAAUCGUUUUCCUGUUCGUCGUACUGAAUUACGUGCACAUUCAAAACGAGAAUUUUCACAAGCAUUAAAUAUUAUACAAUCAUUUGCAAUUAUAUCACGACAAAUUCAAUUUUUUCAAAUCUUAUCAUCAUCAGAUAAUCAUCCACCAACACAUCCAUUAUUAACAUUAACUCCAUCAAAUUCAUUAAAAGAUACAUUAGCACAAAUAUUUGGACAAAAAAUACUUGAAACUAUUAUACCUAUUAUUGAUAAUGAAAAUGAUCAAAAUAGAGAAUUUAAAUUCGAUGGUUUUAUAUCUCGACCUCAACAUGGUUCUGGUCGUUCAUCAACUGAUCGACAAUAUGUUUAUGUAAAUAAUCGACCUAUUGAUUGUGCACCUUUAUUACGAACAAUAAAUGAUGUAUAUCGACAAUUUAAUCCAAAUCAAUAUCCACUUAUUGUAUUAAGUAUUGAAGUACUCGAUCGAAGUACACUUGAUGUUAAUUGUACACCAGAUAAACGAACUGUUUUUAUUGAACAUUUAUCAAAUAUGUGUGAUCAAAUUCGAAAUAUUCUUAAUAAAUUAUUUGAAACAAGUAGUAAUGUUUAUGUUGUAUCAAAUAAAAGACAACAAGAAACAAUAGAAAAUAAUGAUAUUCCAACACCACCUAUAAAACAAAUAAAAAUUGAACGUUUUGUUAAAAAAACUUCACAAUCUUCUGAUAUUCCAAUUUUGACUACUAGUAAUCCUUUAUCGAAAUUUUCUGGUCCUUUUAAUAUGAUUCGUAGUGAAAAAUCAAGUCUAUCAUCAUCAAAUUUAUCAACACAAGAUCGAGCAUUAUUUACAUUUGCAUCACAUUCUAUUGUAAAAAAUAAUUCAUCAAACAUUUCGAAUAAGGAUGAAGAUGAAGAGGAAGAUGAUCCACAUGUUACUACUUUAGUGCAUGGUAGUCCAUCAAAAAAAGAUUUUCUCGAUAAAAUAAAACAACUUAAACAAAAUGAUAAAACAGAAGAAGACGAAAUUGAAAUAUCAGUUUCUACUGAUCAUGAUUUACAAAUGUAUACAUCAACACCAAUCGUUAAAGAAAAACCUAAGACAAUCGAACAAUCUGAAAGUAUUAAAGUUACAUCAUAUAAAUCAUGUGAAAUCAAAGUUAAAUUUAGUAUGAAUAAACUCAAAGAAAAAUAUCGAUUAAUGACUGAAAAAGAAGAUAUAUCAUCAACAAUAUCGGAUCAUCGUUUUAAUAUUCAUAUUGAAGAAGAUCAAAAUGAAGAAGCUGAAAAUGAAUUACGACGACAAAUUGAUAAAACUGAUUUUGAAAGAAUGCAUAUAAUUGGACAAUUUAAUCGUGGUUUUAUACUUGUUACACUUGUUGAUCAUUCAUCACAAUUAUUUAUUGUUGAUCAACAUGCAGCUGAUGAAAUAUAUAAUUUUCAUCGUCUUUAUGAACAAACAACUGUUAGUCGACAACCACUUCUUCAUCCAAAAUCCAUACCACUUGAUCCAUCUCGACAAGUUCUUCUUCAACAACAUUUAGAUUUAUUUAAUCGACUUGGAUUUGAUAUUGAAAUUGAUGAAAAUGAAACACGUAUUGAUCGUCGUUGUCGUGUUCUUUCUUAUCCAACAGUAUCUGGUGCUCAAUCAUGCGUAUUUGGUAUUGAUGAAAUUGAUGAAAUACUUUCACAUUUAAAUGAUACAAGUCAAAAAACAUGUCAAGAAGAACAACAUUAUGAAUCAUCUCGAUUACGAAAAGUAUUUGCAUCGAAAGCUUGUCGAAUGGCAAUUAUGAUUGGUACGGAUUUAACACGAAAACAAAUGAUAAAUGUUGUUCGACAUCUCGGUCAAUUAGCUAAACCAUGGAAUUGUCCUCAUGGACGACCUACAAUUCGACAUGUAUCGAAUCUUAAUGAAGCUACCAAUGGCUUUCUUACUGAUGAUUAUCAUUCCUUCUAA